UUUUUUAUAGCUCUGACCAGCCUGAGACCAGCUGGUAAGGCAAUAGUUGAAGUGGCUGAAAAUCAUCGAAUGCAAAUACAAUUUUGCAGCUUCAGUUGCCAUCUCAUUUCGAAUUGCACGAAAAUUUUCGAGAUUAAACUUUAAUAUUUUACACAAUUUGCCAAUAGGGGCUUUAAAGGAAAGCUCUGAAUCUAUUAUUUAUAUUGGUUGACAUUUUGUAUUCUUCCUCCAUUAGUAUGUAGUAGAUGAUACUUUUUUUGUUUUAGUUACUUACAUGCCUACAGUUUUAGAAGACGUUGGAGAAGUUGCAGCCGCCUGAACACUUGCCAAAAGCAACGCACCCUUGUUGCUCGCCUCCCCUCACACUUUCGCCAACGUCUGUCAGACAUCUGCAAAACAUUUGCGCUCUCUGAGAUAAGAGCUUGCAGCGGCUUGCAAAACAAAGCCGUCUUGGUCUGACCAGCCACGCAGGAAGUUGAACAGACGGAUUUCUUCCCAAAGACCACCAUGGAACGCGUGCCAGGUAUUUGCUUGGUGCUCUGCCUUCUCCUGCUGACACACUGCACACACCAGCAGACACCAGAAAAGAAAAAAACUCCCCAAAAAGAUUCUACCAAUGCUGCCAUCGAGGAAAUAAAGAAACAGAUUAAUGACAUCAUCAACGACCUCAAUUUAUUAAAAGAGCAACAAUCUCUGCAGUCGAUGUGUCUGCGUGGAACCAAGGUCCUCGGCAAGUGUUUCCUGGCCGAGCCGGUCAAGAGGACGUUCCACGCGGCCAGCGACGACUGCAUCGCCAAGGGGGGCAGUCUGAGCACCCCUCUAACGGGGGACCAGAACGAUCAGCUCUACGCCUACGUGCGCCAGAGCAUCGGCCCGGAGGAGCCCAUCUGGCUGGGCAUCAACGACAUGGUGACCGAAGGCCAGUGGUUGGACAUGUCAGGUUCCAACCUACGCUUCAAGAACUGGGAGACGACGAUCACUACGCAGCCGGACGGGGGGCGCGGCCAGAACUGCGGCACUCUGUCCACCACGGCCAACGGGAAGUGGUUUGAUGAAAGCUGUCGCGCUGAGAAGGCUUCGGUGUGUGAGUUCAACAUUGUGUGACCGCCUCAGCCUGGAAGACAUCUUGCACUUCCUUGAUAGGCUCUUUUCACACUAUUGCACAUUCACUCUUAAAGCAGGGAAAUACAUGUACAGUAAAAGGUGGCCGCUUGAUUUGUCCAGCAAGAUGUUCUCUUAUUCACUUCUUUUUUUGCAUGACUACCACAAAUAA